AGAUGGCGGCCGGGCGAGGGCCAGGGCCAGGAGCGGCGCUGGAGCGGCGGGGCUGGGGUCCCGCGCACCGCACCCUCACCCUCUCCUUCUCAGCCUUGGAGGAGGCAGGCAGCUCCGGCAUCCUCCGCCUCACCGGAAUACAGCUGCGUGACGACCCCAGCAGCGACAGCGCGGCAGCAGGGUGUGGAUCCCUUGCCGCGGAGCCGUCCCGGUCUGUCCUUCUCAGCUCAGCAGGAGCACGUUCCGAGUCCGGAUGCGAGGGAUGUGUGAUGGUAAAAGUAAACCCUGGACAGCUGCACAAGCAGGGCAAACAGAUGGAUGCUCGUGGAGAAGGGAAACUGCCAGGGAUGAGAAGAUCACUGCUGAAGCAUGGCACACUGCAAACAUGACGUGCUCUUUCAUGCUUGAAGCUGGAGAAAUCUCCCUGCCUCAGCAGGUGGAAAGUGAAACCCAGGCCUGGAGCACUUCUGGUGGUUAAUCCCUGGGCAGUGCUCCCCACUCCUCAGAAGCUCAUGGCACUUUUGGGCUUUGCUCUCUUUGUUUUGGUGAUCUCAGUACCACAUUUACACUGAAGUGUGGUCCAAGAGCCCUGGGGCAGCUCAGAAUGCUGCUCAGGUCCAAGAGCCCUGGGGCAGCUCAGAAUGCUGCUCAGGUCCAAGAAAGAGCCCUGGGGCGGCUCAGAAUGCUGCUCAGGUCCAAGAGCCCUGGGGCGGCUCAGAAUGCUGCUCCACGUUCAUUGCUGGCAUUUCUUGUCAGGAUGGUUUGGUUUUCCAUGAUGCCUUGUGCUCAAAUGCCAUUCCUUACUGCUGCUCUUGCUGAGGACACUCAGUGGGUUGGGGCUGCGCCCUGCUUGGAGCAGAGAAGGAUGGGAUUGCCAGGAGCUUCCUUCCAAACUGGGAAAACACAAGGACCCUGAUGAGGCAGGCACUGAGACUGUGCCCAGUGCCUGGCAGUCUGCCUUUGUCACAGCUCCAGGGGCACAGCCUGCUCCUGCAGCCCCUCCCUCUCUCCCUGUCCCCUGCCCCUGGCAUCUGUGUUUCCUGAAAACAAAUGGAAUUUCACCCUUCAAAAGUUUGCUUCAAAGUGACAGAAGAAAAGCUUAAUAAAAGUGCCAAGGUCACAUUUUCUUUGCCUCCCAAAAUAAUAUGACAGAUCCAAUAUCUGCAUUAUUAACUCUGCGUGUGAGCUUGUUUUUAGGGGCUUUCUGAUUUACCUGGGGCUGUUUUUCUCCUGCUGCACAAGCACAUGGCUGCAGCCACUCCUGAGCCUGUGGGCAGCAGCUCUCUGGGACCAGUAGUUAUUUAUUGUCUUGGCUGAAGAUGCCCUCUCACUGCAGAAAUAGCUGUGUGAAUGCUCCUCUCCUGGCAAACAUUGUGUUCAGACAAAAGCCUCAGUGUUUUGCAGAAAAAUCCGUUUGCAAGGGACAUUUAUUGUUCUGUUUUGAGCUGGAGCAAUCCUCAGGCUGAGCAGAGACAAGCAGGAUUUCUCCCAACAGCCCCACUGUCCUCACCUGCCAUUGGCAGUCCAAGAUAAGGCUGCAAAAUGUCACUAAAAUCUUCCAGGGAGUGAUUUACCAACAAUAAUACUUUUUUAAAAAGCAAAUUUUGAUGGAGAUGGUAUUUCAUGCAGCAGAUCACUUUGGUUUGCAGAUGUGAUCACCCAGUUAUCCAGAGGUGGAUGCAUGGCAGCUCGUCCUUUGCCCACAACACUGCCACCAGGACCUCAGCUGGCUCCUUUCCUUCCUGGACAAGAGGAUAAUGAGACGAAGGUGGACAAGGAACCUGCAGCUGUUUCCUCAGGAGAAUCAAUCCACACGAGCUCCCUGCUGGGAGCUGAAGAUGCAGAUGAUGAGACAUUUCUCAUGUCUGACACCCUCAGCAGAAGCUCGGGCUCUCUGGACAAACCCAGGGUCCGGCCGCAGAAGAAAUUCCACGUGAUAGAGGAAGUGCUGGAACAACUGAGGGGCAUUGUGAACGAGGGGGACCCUAAGACCAAAUACACCGAUUUUGUUCAAGUUGGCCAAGGGGGUUUCGGGACUGUUUACAAAGCCGGCGACCCAGCCACAGGAGAGGUGGUGGCCCUAAAGAAGAUGCCUCUCCGCAAACGGAGCAGGAAGGAGCUCGUUGUCAACGAGAUUCAGAUCAUGAAGGAAAACAGGCAUCCCAAUAUUGUCAAUUAUAUAGACAGCUACCUGGUGAAUGAAGACCUGUGGCUUGUGAUGGAAUAUGUGGAUGGAGGCACUUUAACCAGCGUUCUUGUCCAAGUCUUAAUUGAGGAAAGGAUUAUAGCUGCCAUCAGCAGGGAGUGCCUCAAAGCCCUGGAGUUCCUUCAUUCAAAGAAUGUGAUCCACAGAGAUGUCAAAAGUGACAAUAUUCUCCUUGGGAUGGACGGAUCUGUGAAACUGAGUAGGUGUUCUUGGUCAGGCACAGCAUCCCCAUGUUCUCAGACACAGAGUGGGGAGUUCUUGUGCUUGGUUUCACGGUUCAAGCUGGGUUUGACAGUAUUUUUGUUUUGCUCCUCAGCUGAUUUUGGCCUGUGUGCUCAGCUGACCCCGGAGCGGAGCACACGGUGCACAGUGCUUGGCUCUCCUUACUGGGUAGCACCAGAAAUCCUGAAAAGAAAGGAGUAUGACACCCAAGUGGACAUCUGGGCCCUUGGGAUUGUGGCCAUUGAAAUGCUGGAGGGAGAACCUCCAUACUUUAAAGAAAGCCCUGUCCAGGCUCAGCGCCUGAUCGCCCGGAACAGGUACCCACCCCUGAGGAUGCCCAGCAGGAUGUCAGUCCUGUUCCACGCCUUCCUGCACUCCUGCCUGGACACCAACCCCAGCGUCCGCUGGACAGCCAGGGAGCUCCUGCAGCAUCCAUUUUUACGAACAGCCGAGAGCCUCUCUGUCCUGCCUGACAUGAUCUGUAUAGCCAGGAAAAUCUGUCAGGCCAUGGAAGCACUUCAGGCCAGCAGUGCCAGCCCAGGGCAAAAGAAGGAAUAAAAUUUUCACUCCUUUGGGAGAUUUGCUCCCUUCUCACCCAAUGGCUCCAUUCACUUCUGAAUUAUUGGUUGCUUCUUAAAGAUGGAAAGUCCCAAUUACGGGGGUUUUGGUAUGGUUUGGAAAUGGGGAAAGGUCUCCUUCAUUCAUCAGCUCCAGACCACACAGGCUCUGGAAUGCCCACAGGCUGGGUUUUGCCCACUUGUGGCACUUCUGGGUGAGGAAGAAAAUGCAACUGCAUUUCCAGCCAAAUGGGAAAGCCAAGACAUCCUGUUGGAUGCACACAGUCAGCUGGGACUGCAGAGUGUUUGGGGAAUUCCCUGUCCUCCCUCCACCUGGCAGAACAUGUGGACACAAAAAAUAGAUAGAGAUUACAGAGAAAGAAUUGUGUAUAACACAGAUUGCUAAAUGGGGGGUGUGCAAAUAUACGUAGACAUAUAAUAUACUGGAUAAUUAUUCUAUGUAUAAAUAUUUAUAGAAUAUAUAUAAUUAUUACAGUACUCUAUAUAUCAUGUUUUAAUCUAAUUAUCUGUAUAGAUAGUGUGUUACGGAGCUAUGGACAUACAUUUACCUUGUACCUUGUACUGCCCCCUAUUCACA